AUGGAUCCCCUAACGGCUUUGGGCCUCGCGGCAAACAUUGCCCAGUUCGUAGAGUAUGGCAUAAAACUCACAUCCACGAUAUCAGAGCUCUACCACUCGCCGGACGGCACCACGAAAGAGAACACGAGCCUCGAAAUCAUCGUAGCCGAUAUGCAGAAUUUAGCCGGCGCAUUGGUUGAUGAGAACUCUAAGGGCCAAGGACCGCUCACGAUCCUGGCUGAGAACUGCUAUAACAUCUCGGUAGAUCUUCAGAGGAUAUUUACGGAUUUGAAAAUCCCGCAAGACACCAAUCACCCGAAGUGGCAGGCUUUCCGCCAAACGAUCCGAGCUCAAGGAAAGGCAAACGAGAUUGAGAAACUUUAUCAUAGACUUGAGAAAAAUCGGAGCCAGUUGGCUACACAUAUGAUAUUUCUACUCAGGUGCAACUACCCCGUCUUGGUACCGCUGCAAUCUAUGCUAAUAACAGACAGUGAUAAACAAUCCAAAGCACUCAGAACCCUCAACUCAGUGGCCAAGGAUACUAGGGACCUCACAACAGCCCAGGAUAACACAGCAAAAGGCCUGGAGUCGCUUAAGGUGGAAGUUCUCCAGCUUGCAAAGAACAUCAGCAAAGAAAAGAGUCUCACCAUACAGACUAAAGGUGAAGUCUUGAGCUUAAGGAACAAACUUUUGGACCUUCUGAAUCAGAACGCCAGAUCACAGAGGAAGAAUCGAAUCAUGAGGAGCUUGGAAUUCGAGCAAAUGCGCUCAAGAAAGACACAAAUAAAAGGAUAUUUCCCAAGGACAUUUGAUUGGGCCCACCAUGACUCAGAAGAGGUUGACCAGAAUGCCGACCGCAUCAGAACUAACUUCCGGCACUGGCUGAGCUGCGAGGAUGGAGUUUUCUGGGUUGCAGGGAAGGCUGGCUCCGGAAAAUCGACAUUCAUGAAGUUUCUUGGAGAAGACGGGAAAGAGGAAACCGAAAAGGCUCUGCAUGAAUGGGGUGGUUCCACGCGAGUCGUCUCCGCUUAUUAUUUCUUCUGGGUCGGCGGGACAGAACUUCAAAGAAGUCGCGAAGGGAUGCUUCGAUCGCUGUUGUUCGACAUACUUAAACAAGCGCCAGCUCUGAUCCCCACUGCCUUCCCUUCUCUAUGGGAUGAGGACAACUUUGAUGAACUCCUUUUUGGGGAGAUGUUCGAUGUUGAUGAACUCUUGCAAGCGUUUAAGAGGCUUGCGGAUCAGGAAACCGAAACGGUCAAGAUUUGCCUUUUCGUGGAUGGCUUGGACGAGUUUGAUGCGAGUGAUCCGUCUGUAAGACUUGAGAAUCUUCUUGAGUUGAUCGAUGAGCUCAGUGCAUCGCCCAGAAUCAAGCUGUGCAUCUCCAGCCGCACAUGGAACGAAUUCGAAGAGCAUUUCAAACUCAGUCAAUGGAAAUUCUAUCUUCACGACUUGACAAAAACGGACAUCGAAAGACUCAUCAAUAAGAGAAUGAGUGCGAACGCAAAAUUCCAAGACUUACGGAGGAAGAAUCCCGCAGGAUGUGAGAGGCUGUUCUCAGAAAUUGCGGAACGAGCCAAGGGGGUGAUUCUUUGGGUUGUGCUCGUCAUUGAUCAACUCCUUUCUGAGGCUCGUAUCAAUGGCACGAUGGACGAUUUGUAUGAAGAGUUGGUCCAAUUUCCUCCAGAACUGAAGGAUUACUUCAAGCUCAUGUGGGGGAGAAUCAAACACAAGAACAAAGCAGCGCGAGUACUGCGGGUCACAUCUGAAGCCGUGGAGCCGCUGUCACUGCUGGCUUUGCAUUUUCUUGAGCAAGGAUGGCGUGACUCGGACUUUGUUGAAGACCCGGAAUUCCCAACUAUCACCGAUUCGGAGCUGGAGGAGAUUCAUGGGCGGAUGACGAUACGGCUGGAGAAGUACGCGAAGGACCUUUUGCAGGUACAACCAGUUAACCCCGACGGCGACUCAUUCCUCAAGCAUAGAGUGGACUUCCUUCAUCGCACCGUGGUAGACUUUCUCAGGUCUGAAGACAUGGCCGAGGAAAUCAAAGACCUGAGCAUACAGGAUGAGCCGACUUUCGAACCUGUUGUUGCACUCUGCAAAAUCUCACUCGCUUUAGUAAAGUCGCUUCAGCUACCUCAGGGGCUCGGCCAUGAAUGCAACUCCAAAAGGUUGAACAGCUUCUUUGCUCUUGUCGACCAAGUGAUGUUCUACGCUGGUGCGGCUGAGCAGCUCAGACCCCCGCAGCCACAGACAAACAUCUUAGACGAGUUAGACCGCUUCAACAUUGCGCAGACAAAGGACUUGAGCGUUCACUGGACGAACCGGCGGGAGUCAGCGAAAGGGCUGCUGCAAGAAUAUGGAGGCAAUUCCUUCCUUGCCCUUGCCAUCCAAAUGAACCUUCGUCUUUAUGUUGCAAGCAAGCUCGACAAGGACCCGAAUCUUGUCAGUGUCAAGAAGAAUCGACCAUUGCUGGACUACGCUCUGCGUCCAAAUAUCAUCACUCCGCUUUUAGGAAAUCGCCUGCGACUUCUCGACAAGGAUCAACCGAUAGACACAAAAAUGGUCUGGCUUCUCCUGAGUAAAGGUGGGGACCCUAAUCAAGAGAUCCACAUCUAUGACUACCAAACGCCAUGGAGCUUGUUUCUCACAAAGUGCUACGAGAAGCACGCCGCGAUCAAGAAACGAAAGCUUGAACGCAGUGCGUGGUGCCAUGCACUUGCGCUGCUUAUAGAGAAUGGGGCAGAUGUUGACCGGAAAUGCAUCACAUAUGUCGUUCAAAGCGAGGGGCAGAGGGCAAAGGAAACAAAGAUGAGGGUCGAUGAAGUGAUUGUUCAUGCAUUCGCUGCUGAUGAGGUUGCGAAUUUGCAAAGCCUGGUCGAUACGAAACGGAAGGAAAGGGAGACGGCAAAGCGACAGUGGUCGGUGUCUUGGGUAGUGGAAAGGCUUUUUGGCUGA